AUGAAGUGAUGCAGUAAAACAGGAAGUCUGACACUCUGCUGAGGGAAACAGAGAGGUGUAAGAGGCGAGACCUGUAGCACAGACAGAAAGGAAGAACAGAAGGAAAAGAAGGAGAAGGGAGACCCCUGAAAUCAGGGACAGUUGCAAUUAAGGAUUUCUUUGGACUUUGCAUCCAAACUGACCAGCUUCACUGAGAGAUUUCUUCACUGCCAUGGCGGACGUGUUUCUGAGCAGAAGGAACUUUACCACGAUCAUCAUGCUGUUGAUGUUAUUAACCCUGAUUGAGGACCUGCUGGGAGAUAAAGUGGAGAAGGGUCUGAGAGUGAAAUCUCUGAGCAGAGUGAAGAGAGGAUGGGUUUGGAACCAGUUCUUCGUUCUUGAGGAGUACACAGAACAGAAACCUCUUUACAUAGGAAAGCUUCACUCAGACAUGGAUAAAGGUGAUGGCUCCAUCAAGUAUAUAUUGUCGGGUGAAGGUGCUGGUACUACGUUCACUCUGGAUGACAGCACAGGUGAUAUCCAUGCCAUCCAGCGGCUAGACCGCGAGGUGAAGGCCCAGUACAUGCUCCGAGCCCAGGCCAGACACCGGGAGACAGGGCGCCCCCUAGAGCCCGAGUCAGAGUUCAUCGUGAAGAUUCAGGACAUCAAUGAUAAUGAGCCAAAAUUCCUGGAUGGACCAUACAGGGCAACCAUUCCAGAGAUGUCUCCUGUUGGCACUUACGUGAUCCGGGUGACAGCGGUAGAUGCCGAUGACCCGUCGUACGGUAACAGUGCUCGGGUGGUCUAUAGCAUUCUAGAGGGACAGCCAUACUUCUCUGUGGAUCCAAAAACAGGUGAUGUUCGGGUCUCUCUGGCUGAAAUGGAUCGCGAGGUCAGAGAGCAGUAUCAGCUGGUUAUUCAGGCUAAAGAUAUGGAGGGUCAGCUGGGUGGUCUGGCGGGAACAACAACAGUCAACAUCACGCUCAGUGACGUCAACGACAACCCACCCAAAUUCACCCAGAAGCUGUACCAGAUGAGUGUUUUAGAGUCAGGUCCGGUGGGAUCAGUGGUGGGACGAAUCCAGGCUAAAGACCGUGAUAUAGGCAUUAACGCUGAAAUGAAAUACAGCAUUAUUGACGGAGAUGGACGGGACUCCUUCGACAUUAGCGUCGAUGCCAGCAACCUGUAUGGUGUCAUCAUUAUUAAAAAGCCUCUGGACUUUGAAAGGAAGCGCAGCUACACUCUAAAGGUGGAGGGCUCUAAUGCUCACGUUGACCCUCGCUUCGCGAAUAAAGGUCCGUUCAGUGACGUGACGAUCGUUCAUGUGAGCGUAGAAGAUGUGGAUGAAGCUCCAGAGUUUGACUCUCCGUUCUACUACGUAGAAGUUCCUGAAGAUGCUGAAAUCGGAACAGUGUUUAAAAUGAUUUCUGCCAGGGAUCCUGACGCUGCAAACAACUCUAUAAGGUAUUCUAUAGAGCGUAUGAGUGAUCCUGAGAAGUUUUUCUACAUGGACAUUACCAGCGGCUCUCUGAUGACCCUACUGCCCUUGGACAGAGAGGAGGUCAGCUGGCACAAUCUUACUGUGUUGGCCAUGGAGAUGAAUAACCCGUCAAAGAUCGGAAGCGUGUCCGUGGCCAUAAAGGUUCUAGACGUAAAUGAUAACCCACCAUCACUGACACAGUACUAUGACGCCUUUGUGUGUGAACAUGCAAAAGCAGGACAGCUGAUCCAGACAGUGACAGCGGUAGAUCCAGAUGAGCCCACAGGGGGGCAGCGCUUCUAUUACAGUUUAGCUCCUGAAGCAGCUAAUAACCCCAACUUUACACUGAGAGAUAAUCAAGAUAACUCAGCGUGGAUUUUAACCCGGAGAGGUGGCUGGUCGUCCCGGACCCAGAGUGUGUAUUAUUUGCCUAUUUUUGUGUCCGAUGGAGAUCAGCCGGCUCAGUCCAGCACCAGCACCCUCACCAUACGCGUGUGCAGCUGUGAUGCGGAUGGUAACGUUUUAUCCUGCGACGCUGAAGCUUAUACACUGCCGGCCAGCCUGAGCAGAGCUGCGCUCAUAGCCAUCCUCGCCUGCGCCUUCAUUCUGUUCGUGAUGAUCAUCCUGAUGCUGUCGCUUCGCAGACAGAGCAAAAAGCCCUACCUGACCAAAGAGGAGGAAAACGUGCAUGAGAACAUUGUGCGUUACGAUGAUGAGGGCGGAGGGGAAGAGGACACUGAAGCGUUUGAUAUUUAUGCUCUUUGGAGCCCCCGUGUGGAACCACUGGCGAACUACAGUAAACUACGGCAGGACAUGCUGCCGGAGAUCCAGAGCCUUUCGCGCUACGUCCCUCAGCCCUGCGUUAGCAGAAUAGGAGAAGACGGCACUAACGUUCACGGCUACGUGCUGGCCAAAAUUUACGAAGCCGAUUCAGACCCGUGUGGCCCACCGUACGACUCGCUUCAGACGUACGCAUACGAAGGUGAGGGGUCUAUAGCGGAAUCUCUGAGCUCUUUACAGUCUCCUGCAUCACAAACCGACCACGAAUAUGAUUACCUGAACGACUGGGGGCCGCGAUUCCACAAACUAGCGGAAAUGUAUGGGGUUUGCGACGAGAACAGCCCAAUGUGGUAGAGAUUGGACUGGGUUAGGCCUCAUAAACAGCGGGAAGCAUGCUGUCUGUUGGACAUGCAGCAAGUGAGAACGUCAUGUUGAUCUGUAAUGGACAGAAGGAUAGCAGAAAAAGAAAACGUUAGUUAAGGAAUUUGAUGAUAGCACUGAGGAAAGAGUGGUCCUCUGGAGUGGAACCAGGCCUAUACAUUGUCACAAGGGAAAGAAAGCAGGAACCACAAUGAAGAACAGACAGAAAAGGGAGAGUAGACAGGAUUCACAGACUAAGGACAUUCAUAAAAGGAAUAAAAGGAGUGCUGCAUAUAGCCACAUUCUCCAAUAUCACUGCCGCUCGGAAUGUGUCCAGACCGAGCCCAAGACGUCUGCCAUUGUAAUCCAGCCAUUCCACCAUUUCAACUGUAAGGCACGGCUGAACAAUUUGGGGAAAAUAUCCAUCCAUCCAUCCAUCCAUCAUCUAAAC